AUGCCUGAUCUCCGUCGUCAGAUCUUUGAGAGCGGCAAAACCGUCUCUCGCAAAGCUGCCUCUCGUGAAAGCUCUCGCCCUACUUCGCGAACCAACUCGACCCAGAACUCUCGUCAUUCCUCUCGAAAUACUAGUAGACACCCUACCGAUGACGAUGAAGACGCAGGUAAUCUUAGCGACGAAACUGCCUGGAGUCUUGGAUCUCUCGAUGAAUUAACAGACAAUCCCGAUCAAGAUAAUGGUGACUGGGCGCAAGAGCUCGGUGAUCGCAUCCAGGAGAUCUUGGAUCGCAAGCGAAGCAGCGUACAAGGUCGCGAAGAGACCUAUGCUGCCUUCUGCCGCCUAGCCAAGUUCCACUACAUCGAAGAAGAGAUUCGCGGUCGCGUCAAUGACCUCGUUGCAGCAUUCUGCAAGAGUAUUAAGUUCGAAUCCAGCGUGCGAGAAUCCACUUUGGCCCUUCGAGCCCUCGAGUUCCUCGCCAUCACCGCAUUCGACAACACCAUCUUUGAAAAUGCUGAGCCACUACUCUCGCGCACCAUUCGAGACUCGACUUCCAACAUUAUCAAGGCAGCGGCGAUUCACUGCUUAGGUACUUGCUCCCUUUUCGGUGGUGCUGGUGAGGAUGGGAUCAUGGACCAGAUGACUUUCUUCCUGGAUAUUGUGGCCUCAGACGGCCAGUCCAUCGAUGCCCCAGACGACGCUGGCAGUGUUACUGCUGCUCUACAGGAGUGGGGUUUUAUGGCCACAGAGAUUGAAGAUCUCGAAAGUGAAAGUGAAGAUGCGAUCCAGAUAUUUAUGGACCAGCUAAACAGUUCCGAGGCUAGUGUCCAGGUUGCAGCAGGAGAGAACAUUGCCCUGCUAUAUGAGAAGAGCUACACCCCAGAGGAAGAUGAUGAGGCCGAGGACGAGGAAGACGAGGAGGAUUCGGAAGAUGAAACGGCCGAGACAAACGGCCCUAAACUCGUCAAGCGCUAUGAACCUUACCACAAUACACAUGAACUGCAACAACAGCUGCAGUCACUCGCCACGGUGCAUAGCAAACGCAUUAGCAAGCGGGAUAAGAAGAGCUUGCACAGCAAUUUUGCCUCCAUCCUCACAACAGUGGAGAACCCGCGUCGGGGCCCGAUGUACAACACAGCGAUCGACCAGGAUACAAAUCGCCACUAUGGUAGCAAAUUCACCGUCAAGGUUGGACGCGAAGGUGUGAUGAACAUUGAUCGCUGGUGGAAAUGGAUCCGACUCAACGCGCUACGCCGCAUGCUGCAGGGUGGUUUUGCGGUACACUAUUUCCAAGGUAACCGGGCAGUUCUCGACAGUCUCCCGGUGAUCAUGCGCAUGCAAACUCCAAGUGAUCGAUCUGGAGCAAAGAAGAGUGCCAGAUCAAGGAAUACACGCCAUUUUGCCAUGCACGAAUCCGACGAGGAAUAA